CCCCUCCAAGGUGGUCACAUCGCGGCCGCCACACAUUCCAGAGAGAGGCCAAUCCCAACGCUGCAAGCUCUGGCAUGCACUGCAGCCCACCCUCAAUGACGAAAAUUUUGGUUGUUGGAGAUUUCUCCCUACUUUUUUUCCUUUCGUUUUUCGAUCCCGGGGUGGUAGUUGGAGAAAACACCAUAGUCAAUCGACCAUGUCGUCCAGGUAAAUAAAUUCUACUAACCAAAGCAGCAACAUCGGAUACAACUCCAGAAAUAUACAAAAUGAUGCACAACGGCCCUAUAAUACAAGUCGGACCACAGCGCCAGUAUCCUCCGAUACGCGUUUCUCAUUCACCUGGUUACGCAUCCUCCACGUCAUCGACGCUUGCCGAGAGCCUACCGCCCAGUCCUGUAUAUUAUUCCCCAUCACACGGCGACAAAUAUACCGAGCCAUUUCUGCAUCAUUCUAGAAAUGGAUCUCUCAAAAAGAAAAUUAAAGGCGAGAAACGAUCAUGGACAAGCAAACCGGUGGUUAUCAAGCUCUUAACAUCUAUCACUGUGGGAGUCAUUGUGUGUUUGAUCGUCGCCGCAGUCGUCGGAAAGAUUCGAGCUUCCAAUAGCAAUACGACGCCAGUGGCAACCACCAGCCCAACGCCAACCGCAGCGGCCAUCACAUUAGUUGACGACACAACUUCAUCGCCAACCAGCACUACAACACUUGACUCUCCAUCUGCGACAUCAUCAAUAUCAACCAGCCCAUCCCCUACAUCAAUAAUAUUACCUGUUGGUAACAAGAUUGCCAGCUUCAAUUGCCCAUACGUCAAAGAGCCGAGGCGGCGAUUUACGCCACAGCAAAUCAGAGCACCGUCAAUGCGUUUAUGCAAGCUGUCAACCGAGUUGUCUUCUUCUGAUAAGCUGCCAGAGGCAUCAAGAGUUACAGUCGCCAAAUUGGAUGGCUGUACGAUAGCCCGUGGAUCAUAUCCAGGCGUGUCUGGUCAAGAAAUGCAAUACCACUGUACCGUAUCCUGUGUAGGUGAGGUGAAGGGUGGCACCCUGAGCGAGGGAAUUUUUAGCUGUGAAUAACCACAGCCGAGAGGAAUACUAAAAAGGAGGAUGAAAAAUCGGCGUUUGGGACUUUGGCUUUAUUCUUUAGCGUGACGAGAUAUGGUUACGAUGAACUGGGCGUAAUACUCGUGUUAAACCAAGUUUGAAUAAUAUUAUUAUCUAUACAUGUCUAUGCUUUUUCAGACUCUUUGCUUUUGGGGAUUGGCCGCUUGAACGGGUGUGCUUCUGUGUUUAAAACGUACUCAUCCAAAUCAAGUAGAUCAGGAGGCGAGAAGAUCAGAUAAAAGUAUUUGAGGGUCUCAGCAAACCAGAAGCUCUAUACAUAUGCGUUAGCUAUGCUCACGUUAAUUUGCCGACUUUUAUUACUAACCUCCAUGUAAUCUUGCAGGUUGUCGACACGAAAGGCCUCGUCUCCAACUUCUGUAACAUCGAGCACUGUUGCGUGCCCAUGCGCAACUCUGGAAGCACGCUCAAUCGAUACAAACAUGUCCCACGCAAUAUCUUGAUACUUGGAAUCUCCUGUCAUUCUGUACAACAGAAACACACUUUCAAUAGCCUCUGGACGUAGAAGAUAUCUGGGGUCCUUGGCCGUGGUGAAUCCCUUGGGCAGGCUCUCACGGAAUUCUGGACGACUCAGGGCUUCGGCUGUCCAGGUGCUGUCGUCCCAUUUACAUCGACCGGUGGUCUCUUUGCAGGGAACCAUGUUGAAUCGCUCAGGCAUUAUGCCACUCGCAAAUGACUUGUAAGCAAAGGCGCAGCCUUUUGCCAACUUAUCACCAGUUUCGACGUAGUCUGGGCGUUCCAGGAGUUUGCCCGCCAGCGCUACGCUGCCACCAAUGAAGCACGCCAGGUGCUCACUUUCCGGAUCCAGCUCAGCCGUACCGUCGUAUUUCACUUGAACAUUGCCAGAAAUAAGAAUAUCCUCCUCAUUCGGCAACAUGGGACGAAAGAACAUGUGCUUUCGCGCAGCUUCAACGUAGCUCCGAGUCAUGGACUCGUACAUCGGUUCGAGACCGCCAAGCAGAGCAUACAUCUUUGGCAAAUACUCAUAGAGAGAGUCGGCAUUGCCAGCCAGUGUAAACUCGCUACGGCUUACAAAGUCUUGGGUUCUGAUGGAUACCCACAUGGGCCAUAGACCCGGCAGCUUCGUCUCGUUUUGGUACUUGGCAAAGGUUCUCAUCAGCCGGUCGACCACGUCAUAGUAUUUGUCAUUUCCAGUUGCUUGCGCUAGACGGGUCAUCUCUAAGCUGAGCGAGCCAGGUGAUGCCGAUACAACGGACCCCUCAAUGCUUAGCUCGAGACCCUUUUGGGCAGCAGAAAAAUCAAUGAAGUCGACAGGUAGCAUUGAUUCAGUAUUGUAGCCAGCAUAUAACAAGUCGCCUAGCUCCACUGCCUUGUCUAAUAACACCUGUCGGUUGCUGAGAUCGUAGGCGCUUAGCAGUCCGCCGAGGUACCGAAUGUUGGUCUCGAACAUGUUGAUUCGAUAUGUUGUAGUAUUUCCAAAGUCGAUCGUUGCCACAGCUGCAACUGCUUCGUCGAAUUCUUCCUUGAGCCCCAUGAUCCAAAGAGUAUCCAAAGAAUCUACAAGAGUAGCUGCCCACCCCGCAAACUGAUCUUUGCCAGUGCCUGAUAUUGGGUUCAAUGCAUCUUGCAUCCAGGCGAAUUUUCGAUAGCUGUUCCAAUCUUCGACAAACACCGUUCGUACUGUAUUUCGUCUUUGUGUUCGUUUCCGGGCGUCGCUAGCACUCUCUGGCCCAAAUGCGUGCUGCACUGGUGGUAGCUUCUUUGGUGUCUGCUUCGGUAGUCGUGUCAUAUUGGCUGGCGGGAGGUGUUUCAGCUUGACUUUGCUCCAAUCGAAGCUGCUCUUUUGGGAUUUAACUGCGUGGGAGCCCUCACGGUUCAUCAAAUCAUAGAGAUGACGAGCCUCGUAUCCAAGAUCAGGCGUAGGCUGCGUCAUCAAGAACCAAAGCGUAAUGACAAUAAGCGUAGCCGCAAUGACAGUGCGAGACUGCCAUCGUCGUGAGCCUAUCAUGGUUGGUAAGAGAUCAACGGGACGCAGUUAUCCGAAAAAUGGGACAUGUCCUUAAUGAUGAAAGGUUUGAAGAAUCAAAGAUCAAGGGGAAGUUGGAGACCUGGCAGCCUCGAUGAACAACUGUCGCGUGUCA